AUGGAUGCUGGGCAUCUCCGGACCAAUGGCUUCGGCGCACUCUGGCGCGGAUCACCGCCCGUCGCCGGUACUCUCGACGGCGCGGUGGUACCCAGAAGAAGAUUUAAGGAGGAUUUCUCGGUAUCAGCCAAGCGGUCUGGCGUGGCCGAGCACGUCGCCGCUGCCUCUGGCGUUGCCAGGCAGUGGCGUUCGUUGCUUGAUUGGGGGUUGAGCACAAAUGAAGUCCACCAAGAGACAGAAAGUAAUGAAGAAGCAAACGAUCUAGCUGGUAAAGAAGCGAUCACUCCACUAACUGGACCGGAACCGUUCUGCAUCCCAAGUGGAAACGAUCUUAAAGCGGAACUCAAGAACCUAGGACUCCACCUGAUGCCGAGAAAUUACAAACGAAAGACCAACCGUAGAAAAUGGGAUGAGGAAUCCCGUAGGUUAGCGCUGCAAGCUGUCGAACAAGGUACCUUAUCUUGUAAUGCGGCAGCUAUUAGAUACAACAUUCCUGAGCCAACGCUGAGGCGAUGCCGAAAAAAGCAACUUACAGGAGAAGAACUUCCACAUCAUGCGGGUCGAUUUAAUCAAACUUUUACACCUCAACAGACUGCAGAAUUUGUUCAAUAUAUCACAGAAUGCAAUAGCCGUGGCCUUGGAAUGACUUCAGUUCAAGUGCGAAAAUUAGCUUUUCAAUUUGCCGAGGAAAACAAAAUACAACACAGAUUUAAUCGCGAAACCAAAACAGCAGGAGUUGAUUGGUUUAACGGAGAGGUUAAAGAAAAAUAUAAUUUUACUCCUGAUCGCAUCUAUAAUGCCGACGAAUCCGGUCUAUCUACAGUGCCAACGAAACUACCAAAAAUUUUAACGCCUAAAGGACAACGUCGAGUAGCCAAAAUUGUAUCCGCCGAAAGAGGCCGCACAACCACUUUAGUUUGUUCUAUGAAUGCUGUAGGUUCUUAUGUUCCGCCUUAUUUCGUAUUCGCUCGUCAACGAAUGAAACCUGAACUGUUAAAUGGCUGCCCACCUGGAUCGCAAGCAACGGCACAAAGUUCCGGAUGGAUGACGGCUGAUAGUUUCCUGGCAUAUCUAAAACAUUUUGUUAGAUACGCAAAGCCUUCCGUUGAUGACCCAGUGUUGUUAUUGGUCGACAACCAUAGCUCACACAUUUCACUUCCAGGGAUAAACUUCUGUAGAGAACAUGGAAUUAUUCUGGUGGGAUUUCCCCCUCACACAACGCAUAAAUUACAACCAUUAGAGGUUUCUUUUUUCGGCCCCCUAAAAACCUACUACAAUCAAGUGUGUGAUGCUUUUCUGGUCAAUCAUCCUGGAGUAGUAAUUUCUGACAGAAAUAUCGGUCCGUUAUUUGCCGAAGCUUACUGUAAAGCUGCUACAGUAAGUAAUGCUGUAAAAGGGUUUAAAGCAUGCGGCAUCGAACCAUUUAAUCCCCUAAUUUUCGAUGACAAAGAUUUUGCUGCUGCAAGAACGACAGAACGCGAUAAUCCAGACGAAGACUUUGCAUCACCAUCACCAAGAAAGAGAAAAUCCACAACCACUCCUUUAACCAUUGACAUACAGUCAGAUUCUGAUGAAGACUUUCCUUUAUCUAUCCUGGCAAAAAAAAUAAAACUGAACCAAACACCAAUGCAAAACAGUCGUGGAUUAAUUACAGCUAAGGAAUUAGUUGAAGACAAAUUAGAAAGCACUAAGCGAAAAUUAUUUGAAGAUAACCAAAAAGCUUUGAAACAAAUUAGGCCAAUACCCACAGCCGAAAGCGCAUCCAUAACUCGAAAAAAAAUGUCUGCCUCAAUUAUUAGUAGCACGCCUAUCUUCUACUGGACACCAGCGCAGCGGGACGACGAAAAAGGGGUAGAAAACGCAAGAGCUGGAGAGAAGGAAGAAGGAAUAGGCAAGGAACUAAAAGAACGAGAGCUCGAAGACGACCUCUGGCUAGAUAGAGAGCAAUGGCGACUGGGCAUCGGAAGACGCCGAAGAGCGUUUUAA